CGAAGUCAGAGUCGGAGUAGAUGUCGGAGUGGUCCAAUGUUAACAGCGACUGUUAAGGCGGAAUGUAAUGCUUGGCUACUGCACUGUUGGGCAACUGUAAAAACACAACGAGAGGCAACAUCCACCACAACGACGGAGUGAAGAAAGCCACAAAGAGCUGUCCGCGACGUAGGGGAAGAGACGACGACGAAGAAGAAGCGAAACCAAAAAACUAUAUAACUUUUUUGUUGGAUUCCAAAUCGCCAAUUUGGAAUUUCAAUUUCAACAGAGAGAACAGAACACACACAGAACCAGAUCAAAAUGGGACACCACCUGACGCGACGCAGUUGCCUCUUGGCCAUAGUUCUAUGCUUGAUAUUCAACACAAAGCAACUGUCAGUGCAUGGCGAUGCCUCACACAUUGAAUCCGCCGCCUUGCCACUGGAACACAGAGCCGGCUAUGGCCCGCCGGCGCCCAUUUAUGGCGCACCACAGGGACCACUGAGCACUGGCGCCACCAAUGACCUGUCCGAGGAGGCCUGGCCGCUGGCAAGCACCAACGACAGUCCGCAGAUCAAGCACCUGCAGGUGCAGUGCGAGAAGACCCACAUGCGGGUGAACAUCGAGUUCGACCGUCCCUUCUACGGCAUGAUCUUCUCCAAGGGCUUCUACAGUGAUCCGCACUGCGUGCACCUGAAGCCGGGCACUGGCCACCUGAGCGCCACCUUUGAGAUCUUCCUCAACAGCUGCGGCAUGACCAGCUCCGCCAACCACAAUGCGGCUGGCUAUGGAGCACCCACGCCGUCGGGCAGCUACGUGGAGAACACAAUCAUCAUCCAGUACGAUCCGUACGUGCAGGAGGUCUGGGAUCAAGCACGCAAGCUGCGCUGCACCUGGUACGACUUCUACGAGAAGGCUGUGACCUUCAGGCCCUUCCAGGUGGACAUGCUCCAUGCGGUGACGGCCAAUUUCCUGGGCGACAAUCUCCAGUGCUGGAUGCAGAUUCAGGUGGGCAAGGGACCCUGGGCCUCUGAGGUCUCUGGCAUCGUGAAGAUCGGUCAGACAAUGACCAUGGUGCUGGCCAUCAAGGACGAUGAGAACAAGUUCGAUAUGCUCGUCCGCAACUGUGUCGCCCAUGACGGCAAGCGGGCUCCCAUCCAACUAGUGGACCAGAACGGAUGCGUUGUCCGGCCAAAGAUCAUGAGCAAGUUCCAGAAGAUCAAGAACUUCGGCCCCUCCGCCUCCGUUGUGAGCUUCGCCUACUUCCAGGCCUUCAAGUUCCCCGACUCCAUGAACGUCCACUUCCAGUGCGUCAUCCAGGUGUGCCGCUACAACUGCCCCGAGCCCAAGUGCGGUCCCGGCCUUCCCGGCGGCGAGUACGGUCUGCCCCAGCUGGGCGGCAAUGGUCUGUCCGAGGAGUAUGGUCCGCCAGAGGCCUACGAACGCAACGACUUUGCUUUGGGCGGUCUGCCCCCAGCAGCAUAUCCCGAUCCUCGCCAUCCCGCCUCCGAUGCCACCGGCGCGUAUUCCGAGAACCAGCCCGAUGUGGUGCCCUCGCCCCAGGCCCAGACCUCCUCCGCUGUGCCCACAGCUGAUUCUGCGGCAGGACCUGGUUCCGGACCAGCCAGCUCCCAGUCGCCACAACAGGCACAGGCCAACAGCAACGAGUUGGGACUGCCUCCGCCGCCACUGCCCGGCCAGCCUGGACUGUACAGCACCGUGAAGCGCAAGGAUGACCUCAGUGCCGGCGGCAAUCUGGUGUCCCUGGGCGGGCGCCCGCGUUCCGUUGAGGGGCUCGAUGAUUUGAGGGGCGUGCGCCGGCGUCGUGACACCAUGGACAUUGUGGUGAAGCCGCAGCGCAUCUACAAGCGCAACGCCCAGGAGAUGACGGACGUGAACACGAGCCGGAUCAUUCAGGUGGUGGCGCCGGGCGACGUGAACUUUGCCCUCAACAGCAAUGCCAGCAACGAGACGGUGGUGAUCCAGUCGGCUAGGUCCGCCGAUGCCGAGACCAUCUGCAUGUCGGUGCCCAGCUUCGUGGGUGGCCUGGUGAUGCUGCUGCUCGUCCUGGCCGUGGCCUCUCUAGUCGCCGCCUUCCUGUUCGUUCGUGUGCGCCACUUUGAUCGCAAGGGUGCGGGCAUGGCCUACGUGAACUAAACAGGAAACAGAAGCAGAAGCAGAGCCAGAAUCGAAUUGGGAUUCAGAAUCAUCAAUCAGCAGCAACGACGAAACGGCGUGAACAGAAAACCAAAUCAGUUUUAUGUGCACUAAAUGGAUUCACCCGCGUCAUCCUCAUCAUCCACCACACUCCUUGAAGAACUCCACUCCUCUAUUUAUCGACCUAUCCCAUUCCUCACACCUACGCCACUAUUUAUUUAUUUUUUGGUUAUUUAUUGAGUCGCGACUCGAAUGGUUUCUAUCUUUUACCACAGAAUGCCCAUGCCCCCCUACAAUGCCCACAAUGCUUAUCUAUCCUAUGAUUUCCUUAGUUAUUUACGAAUCGAACUUGAAACAUACGAAAUUGCGGCGUAAUUUCGUUCAUUGUCAGACUUGUUAAGUUUCAGUUAUACAUAUUAAAAUAAUGAAAGAUAUCUGGGGAACCAGAUAAGGCGUUAAAUGUUACAUAUAUACAUAUAUUAUACAUACAUACUAUAUCGUAUAUCGGCAGACAUGGAAAAGCAGAAAAAUCGUUUACCAGUAAGUUAA